AUGAACCGAACCAAAAUCCGCGAGUUGCUCUCGAGUGAGCGUAUUAUCCAAUGCAUGAUUGAUGCAUACAGCUACGAGGGCGACGCUCUUGUUGUGCAGAUGACACCCGAAAAUGACUUUUCCAGGUGGGUUGCUUCCGAUGUCUUAGACACAAAACACAAGGGUACCUAUGAAUUGGUUCUCAUUGGCACCUGGAAAUAUGAAUGGCUCCGUCGAGACGAUGUUGUCGUUGAAAGUCCCCGGUCUGGUGGACCAAUCGAUGAUGAGUGGGUACGCGAUUGCUUCGGUGAGCUUUGGAGAGCGGGCUACGUAGUCUUGGCUUGGCGGCCAUGCUGCGACGAAGCAAUGCCCUAUAUGGAUCGACGGGGGAACACUUUGCCGAUUGAAGAACGCCCUCCCCUCAAGAACUCGGAAGAGUUGGAAGACACUGCGGACGACAGCACUGUAUCUGAGUUGCGAAAGCAGAUUUUGGAACUCAAGAGGACAGUCAAAGAGAAAGAGAUUCAACAGGUCCGACACAUGAUGUCAUCUAAGAAGAACAUGGCCCGAUAUUAUGACAUUGAGUUGAAUUAUGAAAACGAAAUAGAACGAUAUCGCGGCGCAGUCCAGGAAAACGAACUUCUGGUAGGGUUACUUGAUAAGAUGGCCCUCUCUUCUGAAAGAAAGAGGUCCAAGUACCUCGAGCUAAAGGCUGCUAUGCUACAACUGAAGCUUGACUUGGCCGACUCGUUGAAACACUUUGAUGUCAUGUUGAAGCACUACGAUGACGAGAAGGCUAAGAACAUCCAAUCUCCACGACUUAUACAGAUUGGUAAUGAUUUUAAAAGGGCGCGCGAUACGAUGGACAAGGAAUCGACAGCAUUAAGAAGGAUCAAGAAGGAAAUGGAGGCAGCAGAGCAGAACCUUAUGGAGGAGUUAGGUACAGCCGACUAG